AUGGCGGAGGCCACGCCGCAUCCCCUGGCGCUCCCCUCGGGGCUACUGGAGCUGUGCGCGCUGCUGGGGCCCUCCCGGGACAGCCUCCGCGGCCCCGAGCUGGUGGCCCAGAAGAAGGGGGCCAGCAGCCUCUCUGCUCUCGACCCGGAGGUCCUGUCCAUCUUUGUUCCUCCUUUCGUCAGUAAGGAGGACACUCAGCUGGCUGGCACCAGCUGUGCUCUGAGCAAGACCAGAAGGCGCUCCUUCAGAAAGAAGAGGGAGAAGCCCAAAACAGAGCCCUGGAAGGGACCCCCUCCGGAAGACGUCAGCGUCCCCAAUGGCGUGGACCUGCUCGCCCUGCCUCAGCUCUGCUUCCCAGGGGGCGUGUGUGUGGCCUCCGAACCGAAGGAGGACUCUGUCCACUUUCUGGUGCUGACCGAUGUCUGUGGGAACAGGACGUACGGCGUGGUUGCCCAGUACUACCGACCCCUGCACGACGAGUCCUGUUUCUACAACGGCAAGAUGCACUGGGAGCCGUUCAGGCCACCUGGGGGUGCGGCUGGCUGCUUCGUGCCCUUUGCCGUGUGUGUGGUCUCCAGAUUCCCCUAUUACAACGCCCUUAAGGACUGCCUGUCUUGUUUAUUGACUCAUCUGAAGCUCUGUAAAGAUUUCGAAGUUGACAAUCACAUAAAAGAUUUUGCUGCAAAGCUAUCUUUAAUCCCUAGCCCACCGCCUGGACCACUUCAUCUGGUGUUCAACAUGAAGCCGCUGCAGAUCGUGUUUCCCUCCCGGGCGGACCCCGAGAGCCCGGUCGUCGACCUGGACCUUCACCUGCCCUUGCUGUGCUUCAGGCCCGAGCAGGUGCUGCAGAUCCUGACGUGCCUGCUGACGGAGCAGCGCAUCGUGUUCUUCUCGUCCAGCUGGGCUCUGCUGGCCCUGGUGGCCGAGUGCUUCCUCGCCUACCUGCACCCCCUGCACUGGCAGCACACCUUCGUGCCCAUCCUGUCGGGCCAGAUGCUGGACUUCGUCAUGGCGCCCACGUCCUUCCUCAUGGGCUGCCACCUGGACCACUUCCAAGAAGUCAGCAAGGAAGCUGACGGUUUAAUUCUGAUAAAUAUCGACAACGGGAGCAUCACCUACUCUAAUGACGAGGACAUCGAUGUUCCCGACAUCCCUCUCCUGGCGGCACAGACGUUUAUUCAGAGGUCUCUGGGGACCGGGGCCCCCUCCCCACAGCAAGUGCACCGUCUGGCGCCGGCCCGUGGCUCCCACCACCCGGCUGCUGGUCUCUCACCGGACAAGGUGACCCUCCAGCAGCCAGUCCCUGUCCCCACCCUGCCCCCUGCUGUGGGUGACCGGCCCGCAGGUGACGAGACUCAGGCGCAUCGGCCACUGCCAGCCCGGCCGAGCAAUAGGAGGGCCGCAGGCGCGCAGGCCCGUGGGGAAGGCUUCGUGGCCGAGACCCCACCUCCCCGGGUUCCGAGCGUGACCCCCAAGGCGACGUGUUCCUUCAAGGUCCCGGAGAUCCACUUCCCGCUGGUGAGCCAGUGCGUUCAGGCCUACUACUCCGACUGCGUGGGCCUGCUGAGCAAGGCCAUGAGCCUGCUGGCCCCCGACAACUCCGUGCUGCUGGCCAGGUACUUCUAUCUCCGGGGGGCCGUCCACCUGAUGCAGGGGCAGCUGCUGGACGCCCUCUUGGAUUUCCAGAGUCUGUACAAGACAGACAUAAGGAUCUUCCCGGCUGAUCUCGUCCGGAGGACAGUGGAGUCCAUGUCGGGGCCCGAGCGCGCCCAGGCCGAGCGGGUGCCCGAGCUGCGACGCCUCAUCAGCGAGGUCGUGGACAAGCCCGGGGAGGCCCCCAAGCCGGACGACCACGUGAAAAACUUCGAGCUGCCGAAGAAGCACAUGCAGCUGGACGACUUCGUGAAGAGGGUCCAGGAGUCGGGCAUCGUGAAGGACACCAACAUCAUAAACCGAUUGUUCGAGGCGUUGACUGUAGGACACCAGAAACAGAUUGACCCGGAAACAUUCAAAGAUUUCUACAACUGCUGGAAGGAGGCCGAGGCGGAGGCCCAGGAGGUCAGUCUGCCUUCGUCGGUGAUGGAACACCUGGAUAAGAACGAGUGUGUCUACAAGCUGUCGAGCUCGGUCAAGACAAAUCGCGGCGUGGGCAAGAUCGCCAUGACCCAGAAGCGCCUGUUCCUCCUAACCGAAGGAAGGCCGGGCUACGUGGAGAUCUCCACCUUCAGGGACAUAGAGGAAGUCAGAAGUACCACAGUAGCCUUUCUGCUUCUGCGAAUACCCACUUUGAAGAUUAAGACGGCAUCCAAGAAAGAAGUCUUUGAAGCUAAUCUUAAGACGGAGUGUGACGUGUGGCACUUGAUGGUGAAGGAGAUGUGGGCCGGGAAGAAACUGGCCGAUGACCACAAGGACCCUCAGUACAUCCAGCAGGCGCUGACCCACGUCUUGCUGAUGGACGCCGUUGUUGGCACGCUGCAGUCGCCUGGUGCCAUUUACGCUGCCUCCAAGUUGUCUUACUUCGAUAAGAUGCGGAACGAAAUGCCCGCGGCGGUCCCCAAGACGACCUCGGAGACCCUCAAGCACAAGAUAAACCCUUCGGCGGGAGAGACCCUGCCGCACGCCGUGGAUGUCUUGCUCUACACGCCCGGGCAUCUAGACCCGGCAGAAAAAGUUGAAGACGCUCGCCCCAAAUUAUGGUGUGCUCUAAGUGAGGGCAAAGUGAUCGUGUUUGACGCUUCCUCCUGGACGAUUCACCAGCACUGCUUCCGAGUGGGCACUUCUAAGCUGAACUGCAUGGCGAUGGCGGAGCAGAGCCAGGUGUGGGUCGGCUCAGAGGACUCCGUCAUCUACAUCAUCAACGUCCACAGCAUGUCCUGCAACAAGCAGCUCACGGACCACCGCUCCGGGGUCACGGGCUUCGCUGUCCAGAGCGGGGCGCCCAGCAAGGUGUAUUCGUGCAGCGCGGACGGGACGGUCCUGGCCUGGAACGUGAGCUCCCUGCGCGUGACCAGCAGGCUCCAGCUGCCGGGUGGCGGGCUUUCGUCCAUCCGCCUGCACGACGGCUGUCUGUGGUGCUGCACAGGUAGCGGCAUCGUGGUCGUGACGACAGGUGGAUCUCUUCGUCAGGAACUGAAGGUGGAGGAGAACUCUAAGGACGCGAGCACCUCCUUCCUGGGUUUCCAGCUCCUCCCCGAGCAGGAGCAGCUGUGGGCGGCGUGUGCCGGGCUGGACGGCGUCUACAUCUGGAGCCUCAGGGACCUGGCCCGGCCCCCUCAGCGGGUCCACCUGCAGGACUGCGCCGAGGUCAGCUGCAUGAUCAGGGUGAAGAAGCAGAUCUGGGUAGGCGGCACGGGCCGGUCACAGGGGAAGUACAAAGGGAAAAUCUAUGUGAUCGACGCCCAGAGGAAGACAGUGGAAAAGGAGCUGGUGGCCCACACGGACGCGGUAAAGACCCUGUGCUCGGCAGAGGACAGAUACGUGCUGAGCGGGUCGGGCAGCGGGGAGGGGAAGAUCGCCAUCUGGAAAGUCGAGUAA